AUGGCUGCAAGUGCUUCCAAUGUAGACAACUUGGUUCUGAUACGCAACUAUGGGUUCGCCCUUUUGGACGCGGGUACUCCCCAGCAGUUUGAUCUGAGAGCAUUGCAGAGCGCAGUCGAUGCAGGAGGAGGACAGGUCCAUGGGGGCCGUGAGAAGCAAAUGUUGAAGUCAGUCUGCAAGGAAAUACUCCAGAGCGGCCAGCUUUCUUUCGUCCGGAGGUGGCGAGCCAAGAAGUUGCUCGACCUCAUUGAGGAGGACACACACCAGAAGCAUCAAAAAAAGUGGGAGAGGUUCACAAAAAGCUCUAACAACUCGAAGUGGGGUCACGACGACAAGCAGAUUUUGGACCCCACACAAAGGUGGCCGCCGACAGCUGGAGUUGCCGAGAUGGAGGAUUCUGUGGCCGUAGACAGGCUAGCUGCCGAGGCUGUCGCGCAUGGUUACAUUUUGGACAAGAUGGUGGAGGGAGACCGAUUUCUCGGCGGGGCCAAGUCGGACCAAGGCGCACGAAGCAGUGUUCUAGAUGACGCCUAUCCGCAGCAGGAGGAGCUCAGAGAACCGAGGCCCCCGUCCUUCACAAUCGCCCGGCCCGCUUCCAAUCCCCCGUCACAGCCCUACCCCGUCGUUGCCCGCGAAACCUUAGACCCUCCACCUCCCCCACUCGAAAACCACAUUCUGAGACCGGUGCCUGCAAACGUUCAGCUUCCUCAGGGUGCGGCGUCGCUGUCAAAGGUCGUAAAGACGGGGUUUCAGAAUGUGGGGGUAGGGACUGCUGCGAAGUUUAGUGGCGAGCAGGACCCUACACCUGACAAGAAAAGCCCCAUGAUUGCUCAUGGCCAACCCCGGAAGACUGUGGCAGGGGCCGAGGAGGGCUCGUUUGGAACUUGCGGACGGGGCGAGGGGCGUGCUGACGUUCAGGUUGCGGACGAAAUGAGCUCUAACCGGGCAGAGCUGGGGGGUGGCAUAGGACCGCCAGUUUUCGAUUCGCUUUGGAAUCUGCACAGCGACGAUAUGGGACCCUUUUGGUUCGGGCGGCAGCUGGCGGGGCAGGAUGGAUUCCCACCCUACGCGGAGCCGAACACCAGCGACGGCGGCGAAACUGGAAGCCCGGGUUACAGCGUGGAAAGCGGGGCGGGCGACGAGAUGGCUGACAGCCAGGAGAGCGGGGGGCGAAGGACAGUCAUCACUGGGCCCCCGAAAAGGAGCUGGGAACAGGAAAGCCGCGGCAUGGAGGGGCGUGCAAAGAGGGCGAGCCUGGGAGGGGGCCAGUGGGCGUCGGCAGUGCCUGAUACGGAGAUGCAACAUCUUGCCGACGGCUUGUUUGAACCCCCUCCAUCUCCACAGCCCCGCUCCGACUGUAACCGUGCCCCUUCCAAGUCUGCGAGCGCUGCAUUCCAAAACCACCCCAAGAAGAAGCGCCACUGCCCUCAUGCCCCGCGCCUCCCUCCCUUUUCCACUGCCAACCAAACCCCGCCCGCUGCGGUUCCUGCGCUCGAGACCCUGCCGGCCCUCUGGAGCAGCGCCCCCUUGCCGAUCUCGCAGCAGCUGCCAAAUGCUGACCGGGACUGGUCUACGCAGUACUGUUUCCUGGGGGGCCCCGCGCUUCGCAAAGCAGCAGCGCUGUGCGGUGACGAGGGAAGGGACGGUGGGGAACAUGGCGCGGGGGGAUCGGAAGUGGAGGGACUUGCGGGGCGAGCCAUGAGGGCUCUCACUCUGACGGAACAUGCACCGGUGCCUGGCGCGUACUCUGCGCAUUCCGCUGCACUCCCUGACGGUGUCAUCAAACCCUCCUCCAUAACCCCGGUUAUCAACGCCUGCCCCAGUCUGCCCAAGGAGAGCGCCGACGGCUUCGGGGGCAGCUCGCGUGUGCGAAGCGGCGGGUUCCAGCUGGAACCGAUCUUCGGCCGGCAGCCAGAGCAAGAUGGUCAGCGCCAUGCUUCGGCAGAAGUGUGCGAGACUGUCGGCGGCCGCUCGGGGGCCUUCCCCGGGACAGUGGCCCUUCCCUUCAAGAAACGGAAAUGGCGCUUGGGGUUGGAAGGCGGAAGCAAGUCAGGAGCGAGCGAAAGGCGGCAGCAGACCACCGACACCUGGGAAGGCGACGAGUGCCGAGAAGAGAGAGCUGCAAGAGGCGGGGAGAGAAAGUGGUCUCCGCCGAGUGAGGGAGAAGACGGAGAGCGCGUGCGCCAGGCGUGGGACGAAAUGCAUUUGAACAGUGCGCCCCCACAAGAAACCUCCUCAAGCGGUGGGGAAACAAAAGGCGACUGGGAGGAGCCAGGAGAAGAAACGGGGCAGCUGGCGAAAGCGAAAAGUUUGAUUACGCAGAUGCGGCACAGUGUGAUUUCGGAGCGGAAGUCGAACUGGGCGGCGAAGACAGGAUGGAGUUCGGAGAACGUGUUGAGACAGCGCUCGGAUAGGGCUCCGCCUUCACAGACCGGAGAAUUGUCAGAGAGCCACGUGGUCUAUUCUUUCAACGGCUGCCCCAGCGACGUGUCCUCCGCUCCGUGGGGGCUGGUCGGGCCCCCCCUGGAGGGGGGCUUCUGGGAUGGCCUCCCCGAAAAUGUGCGGAGUGUCAAUUCGUUCCGGGGCGCCCCGCAGUCAGGCCCUGUCGGCGAUGAUGUACGAAGCGAGGGGCUGGAGUCACCGGGGAAAGGGCCCGGGGAUGAAACCUGGUCGGGUAACCACGGCGGGGUGGGUGUGCGGGGUGCUGUGAGGAGACCGGUGCAGAUCCCCGAGCAGGGCGAGACGGUGCCGGAAAGCAACCGGAACGAGGGGUUUGAACGACGCGGGCAUCACGAAUUCCAGCGUCGAUUUGGGCGGCGAGGAUUGUGUUAG